AUGCCCUACAUGGCUUCCUCGCCGCCUCUCACGCCAUCGCCGAUCAAGAAACGCAAGUUCGCAGACAUUGAUCUCGGCACGAGCUCUCUUGGGCUGGGAAAGAGCUCGUUGAACAAGAGGAGUGACACUGGAGCGACGCAUACAUUCGAGGCUCGACAACAGCCUGUCGAUCCGCAAACGCACACGAUCAAGGCGCAGCGAUCCUACUUUGGCAUUGACAUCCAUCGUCUACUGGAGGAUGCUCAAGCGGAAGAGACGACACCCAAGCCGACUGUUGUCGACCUUCCAACUCCACCCGCCGAGCUGGCCUCGAAGACAUCUUCCUUACUAUGGACAGAAAAAUACCGCGCGAAGAAGUUUACGGAUUUGAUCGGAGACGAGCGGACACAUCGUGCGGUGAUGCAUUGGCUGAAAAGGUGGGACCAGAUCGUGUUUCCAGGCUCAUACAGACCGAAGAAGCCAAAAGGAUCAGACGAUACAGCAUUCGUGGAGAGACCUCUGAGGAAAAUCCUUCUUUUGACGGGGCCGCCUGGACUCGGCAAGACAACACUCGCACACGUCUGCGCCAAACAAGCCGGAUACGAGGUGCAAGAGAUUAACGCAAGUGAUGAACGAAGCAGCAGUGUUGUCAAGGGCCGGAUUCGGGACAUGGUUGGCACAGAGAACGUCAAGGGAAUUGACACGAAGACUGCAAGUGGGCACACAAGAAAAGCUGGAAAGCCCGUAUGCGUGAUUGUAGACGAGGUCGAUGGUGUCGUAGGAGGCAGCGGAGGAAGUGGAGAGGGCGGAUUCGUCAAGGCUUUGAUCGAUCUCAUCAUGCUGGACCAAAAGAACUCGACACCUUUAGGCUCACUGCAGCAAGCGCCGACGAAAAAGAAAAAGGGCGAACGAUUCAGAAUGCUGCGUCCGUUGAUUUUGGUGUGCAACGACGUAUACCACCCUUCGCUUCGACCUCUGCGAAACAGCUCGGUCGCUGAAGUCAUUCGGGUCGGAAAAGCGCCGGUGCAAAACAUGAUCUCUCGACUACAUGGCAUCUUCCAAAAAGAAGGCGUGCCUUGCGAGACGGACGGCGUGAGAAGGCUUUGCGAGGCAACAUGGGGAGUCAGCAAUCGGAAGGAAGAUCGCCAUGGUAGCGGAUCCGGAGAGGGAGACAUGCGCGGUAUUAUGGUCGUCGGAGAGUGGGUGGCAGGCAAGCUACGUGCCUCGAACGAUGCCAGUCUGACCCGGAAAUGGGUGGAAGACAAUGUUCUCAAAGAUCUUGCACAUGAUGGCGGCGCAGCGAGGGGACUGGGAAGAGGCGGACCCAAGGACAUUGUGGAUCGAGUCUUUCAAGAAGGCGCAGGAUUCCCCAAGCAGUCCAACAUUGUCACAUCACAACACACCUCUGCUGGCAAUACUGGCGUCAAAGGCGUCGCAGAAGGCAUUCGCCGCACUGUAACUGGGCGGCUUCGCGAGCUCAUCAACACUCAUGGCGACACGGACCGCAUCAUGAGCGACUGUUUCUCCUCCUAUCCUGAUCAUCCCUUCCAAGACGACACACUCCUCUCCAAACCCGACUCCGCCUACGAAUGGCUGCACUUCCACGACAAGCUCUCUUCCGCCGUCUUCACCACCAACGAAUGGGAACUGGCACCAUACCUCAGCACACCCAUCCUGGCCUUCCAUCACCUCUUCGCCUCACCAACUCGCUCCCAAUACAUCGCUCCCGCCGACGCGGCCGAUGACGAACCCGCACCUCACCCCUUUUCCGGUCCUGGCGCAUCCUGGGCCGCCCACGAAACUGAAAAACAAAACUCCGCCCAUCUCCAAACCCUGCAAUCCUCUCUCUCCGUCCCUCUCUCCCGCUGCUUCAGCUCCGUACCUGAUCUCGCCACGGACCUCCAACCCUUCCUCCUCCGCAUGCUCACACCCUCGAUCAACCCUAUCAUCGUUGGCGGCAGCAACAAAGACAAAUCCAUCGCUUCCGUGCGAAAAGCGUCAGAACAGACCCUCGUCAAGCGUGCCGUCAACGCCAUGUCAGCGACAGGGGUACGCUUCGACAGGGUCAAGGUCACGGACGACUCGUCCAGCAGAAGCGGAGGAGGGAUGUUCGGCGGCGCGAACGAGUGGAUCUACCGCAUGGAGCCUCCCCUCGAUACGCUGUGCACCUUCGAGACGGGCGGCAAGGGCUUUGGCGAUGCCGGCGCGUCGAAAACCCGCUUCGCCGUCCGGCAAGUCCUCGACCAGGAAUGGAAGAAGGAGGAGUUCCGACUCGCAGAGGAAGCGCGUCUCGCCCGUCUGGGUGUUUCGAGUCUUGCGCCCGCCUCUGCUCCCUCUUCAAUCGCAGCCGCCCAGAGAGCAGGAGCACCUGUCGGCGAUGCGGAGGCUAUGGCGGCUGCAAAUCGACGCGUCGCAAAAGACUUUUUCGGACGACCGGUCAAAGCGCUGGGUGUGGAGGCGCAGAAGACAAAGGAUCGAGAGGACAAGGAGAAGAUGGGGCCGAGUGUGUGGGUGGCUUUUCAUGAAGGAUACUCCAAUGCGGUGCGGAAACCGAUUGGGUUGAGGGAGUUUUUGAGGGAGUUGUAG